UGCACUGCAGAGCAAGAUAUGUGUAGAAAGGAAAGAGCUAUUUCCAAAUUAUGGUUAUUAAAAGCAUGAACGCAUCCAUUUCAUCCAGUCAAGUCUUCAAUAUACUUGCGAGAGUUUGAGAGUAUGUGGGUCACGUUUAUUCUACUUCCGCUUCUGCCUCAGCUCACCCUCUGCGUUCACUGUCCCAGUGUGUGCGUUUGUAAUGUUAAGGGUGCUGCAAAAUGCAGUGGAGACAUCAGCGACAUCCCCCCUCUCGACCCGAAAACAACUUUUCUACUCUUGCUAAAAGACACAAACAUAAAGGUCCUCAAAGCCCGAAGUUUUCAGUCGUUCUCUCUUCUGCUUCGACUAAUGAUCACCCAUAGCGCUAUAGACACAAUUCAACCAGAAGCCUUCUAUGGUGCUCCACAGUUUCGGUCAAUCAAAUUGUCAUCAAACGCACUCUCGAUCUUCCCACCCAAGGUGUUUAGUGAGCAGAGCAACUUGGAGCAACUGCAGCUAGAUGAUAACCAAAUAGUUUCCAUUAGUUCAGAACUCUUCGAGGGGUUGGUCAACCUAACAGAGCUGGAUUUGAGCAAAAACCGCAUCUCCCAGCUGGACGCCGGCGUCUUCCAGAACUUGACUAAGCUGAUUUACCUAAACUUAGCUGGUAACCAACUGAGGAACCUCCCAAAGACGCUUUUUCACAACCUACGUCAACUCCAAUCUCUGGUACUCUCGUCCAACAAGUUGGUGACUCUGGAAAGUGGUGCAUUUGAUCAUCUAAGCAAGCUGUGUUUUUUAUUGCUUCACAAGAACCAGAUCCGAGAGAUUCCUCCGCGUCUUUUCUGGCACUUGCCAUCCCUGCUCAACCUUUCGAUGUCAGGCAACCAACUCCAGUAUAUUCCAGCCGAGAGUUUCUACUACUUACCCAACCUGACCAUGCUCACCCUCUUCAAGAACCCCUUGAUCUCCCUACCUGACCAGCUGAUGGGCAACAUGCCGCGGCUCGUAGAAUUGUACCUUUACAAUACUAGUCUUGUCACUGUCCCUUGGAACCUUUUUGCUAACAUGACAAACCUACGUUUUCUCAAUUUACACUUGAAUGACAAGUUGAACCUCCUACCAAAGGACCUCUUCUGUUGCCUGCCCAAUCUGAAUAAACUGUCCCUGAAACACAACAACCUUCGGGCGCUGGAGCCGGACCUCUUCUCGAAUUUGACUAGUCUUCAGAUUCUGAUGCUUAAUGAUAACAAGCUUGAGUCUCUCCCAGCAACAAUCUUUUGCAAUACUUCAAGACUAGAAAUACUGGACUUGAGCCGCAACCAUCUAAAGUAUCUGCCCGGAGAUGUUUUCACACACACAAAGGCGCUGAAUGUUCUCUCUCUUGGCGGAAACAAAUGGAAGUGUGAUUGUAACAUUAUAGGUAUUGCAGAAUGGAUUCGCGACAACCCAAGGCUAAUCAAUGCCUCGGAGAAAGGAGUAGCAUGCUAUGAACCGUACCACUUACAAAACCAUUCGCUGCAAACAUUGACCCAUGCAGAGCUCAAAUGUGGUCAGGUUCUUUUCCAGACAAUUAUGACUACAAGCAUCAUUCCCAGACAGGUUCCUGCAACAUCAACCCCACAAUCGUCUACGGCUACAAGCACAAAAGCAAGACCUACAGCGACUUCAACUACGCCUUCAAUUACAAGCACUUUUGCAACAACAGCCUCUCGCUUUUACAACAGCCUUUUGCUUUCUCCUAUUUACAUAAAACAAGGGAACGAGUACAACAAUGAUCUGGCGUUCUACGAAAAGAUUGUUUUGGAAAACGGACCUGACAUUGUUCACAACAAUCAUUACGGUGGUUGGGUGUACCUGUGGACUGUCCCGUCGACCGGUCCAUUUAGUGGUUUCAUGACGGCUUUGUACAUUGUUCUCUUGGUCACAGGGGUAGUACUGAUUGCGGCCACCUGGUAUGCUUUAUAUCGGCUUCAUAAGGUGAUGUGGAUGUUACAGAAAGUCACUAUGGGAGGCAAUCAGAGAAUAAUGGCUAGAAGAGUACGAAGCUUCAAAGUCAAACUCUAGAGGAAACUUAAAGUUAAAGGGAUACGCACUUUUUUUUGGAGAUUUUUACAACUUCCCCAGAGUUAAACAGUUGGGUUUUACUG